AUGGCGGAACAGCAGGUGAAGUUGGAGGAUAAGAGUAAGGCUAGGGAAGCGGUGGACCAACUGGACCCAGAAAAGAAGAGGGAGUUGGAGGAAAGGGUGCAGCAUGGUGGCGAAACCGUCGUCCCCGGCGGUACUGGUGGCACAACUCUUCAGGCCCAGGCUAACCUUGCUCAAGGAAGAAGCAAAGGGGGGAGGGCCAGGACUGCGGGAGCUGAAGAAGAAGUAGAGGUGGAGGAGGAAGCUGGGAAGGAGUAG